CUUGUAACAAAUUAAAAACCAGAGAUCAGAGGAGAUACAGUAGGAUUGGGCAGUUCUAACGUUAUUGAUAGAGAACAACAGUCAGCAAGCAAUUGUCUAACGGAGACGUUUUCUUCUUCUUUCAGUUAUCCCAUUUUGUUGGGCAGUAACGAUAUGACCGAUCCAAGGGAUCGAGGGGCAUCGGAGUCUCACACGCGGCUUAAAAAUCUGGAUAUCUGGAAAUCUGAAAAAUGCAGUUGUAAAUCCAUUUGCGAGAAAGGGAAAAUAAUACUCUAACAAGGUUUUACAGAGUUGAUGAUAAUAAGCCUUGUUUGCCUUUUGCCUUGAGUUUGCAUUGCAAAUAAACUGCGUGAGAGUGGUGUCACGUGGUAAUCUCGGAACGAUCCGGACCUGUCAACAGACUGGGUUGGUUCCCCGCAUAGGUCAUUCGGUGAAGUGUGUGUUCCUUUGUUUGGCUCCCACCGCAUUCCCCCCAAACCCACUGUUUCUUCCGAGAACAAUGCGCAACACCAAGAUCUUUGCAGGAUCGUCGCAUCCUGAACUGGCAAAACAUAUUUGCAAACAACUGGGUACGCCUCUUGCCGAAGCCACGUUGAAAAAAUUCAGUAACAAGGAAACCAGUGUCGAGAUCAAUGAAUCGGUGCGAAAUCAAGAUGUGUUUAUUGUGCAAUCGGGAUCCAUGGCCAUGAACGACGAUAUCAUUGAAUUAUGCAUCAUGAUUCAAGCGGCCCGUAUGGGAUCCGCCAAAAGAAUCACCGCGAUUCUUCCUUAUUUUCCAUACUGCAAACAGAGUAAACGCAAGGGGAAACGAACAUGUAUUACCUCCAAGUUGGUGGCCAAUAUGUUGGCAGUUGCCGGGGUGGAUCACAUUAUUACAAUGGAUUUGCAUGCUUCGCAGAUGCAGGGAUUUUUCCAGAAACCUGUGGAUAAUUUGUAUGCGGAACCGUGCAUUGUUCGAUGGGUGACCCAGAACGUUCCAAACUGGAGAAACGGAGUGGUGGUGAGCAAAAACGCAGGUGGAGCUAAACGAGUGACUUCGUUGGCCGAUGCAUUGCGUCUCGACUUUGCUUUAAUUCACAAGGACCGCACACGGUCUGGACCUCAGGGUCAAAACCGUCCCUACAGCGGUAUGCCCAAGUUGCACCAAAUACGUACGGUCGAUACAGAUGACGAUUUGACCGCUUCCAUUUCUUCGCUUUCGGAAGCCGGAUCCAACGGCGAUAUUAUGAAUGCCGCAGUGUCGGUGGUGUCAGACACCAAUGGGGAAGAAAGUACCAUUACCUUGGUCGGCGAUGUCAAAGACAAAAUCGUAUUUUUGACGGAUGAUAUUAUCGACGGCUGUCAAACUUUCCUGGAUGCUGCUGAGCAUCUGGUGAAGAAGUGCGGAGCUGAUAAGGUGUACAUCAUUGCCACACACGGUGUUCUGAGUGGCCAGUCGAUUCAACAAAUUGAAGCGUGUGACAGUGUUUACAAGCUGGUCGUCACCAAUACUUUUCCGAUUGAUGAAGCCAAGAAAACCCAAUGCAGUAAGCUGAUCAUGAUUGAUAUUUCGAGCACGCUUGCAGAAGCGAUUCGCAGAACGCACAAUGGCGAAAGUGUCAGUUAUCUUUUUCAUCAUGCCGAUUAAUUGCUAUUGAAAUGCUCUGUUAUGAAUUAAGCGACUAAAUUUUUAUGAUGGCCACAAUCUUGGCAAAUCCUGUUAUCCGAUGCAUGGUUUACCAACUAAAAUGAUACUCAUUCUGUAUAACAUAUCUCAUCUUAUUUCAAUGAAUGGAAUCACCAUUCAAAAUAAAAGAUAUAACAGUUCACUGGUCCAUGGAAGUGAGGUUAUCUCUCUUGCAGGCUUUUUUUUUU